UCUCUUCCCCACUCCGCAGCCCCCACCCCCCCGUCGCCCCCCAUCGCAUCCACCCCUCACCCACCGUGACCCAGCGCCCGGCGGCGGCGGCGGCAGCGACGCCCGGCCUCGGACGGGGCGCCCCACAAGCUCGUCGACAUGCCGCAUCUCUCCGAUCCGGACCUGGAUGUUGGACCAAUGUUGUCAGGCUUCCGCUGUUCUUACCCUGUCAGCGGAAGGAAGCGUCUGAAGUUGUUGGUGGCCGAGUCAUCGGAUAGUGAACCCCUUGUCUGCCCCGUGCCAGCAUGUGAUGAUUCAGGGGAAAACUUGUUUGAUCGGUGCUCGGAGGGUCAUCAAGUGGCUUCCGGUAGUGGUGACCAAAUACAGAACACUAGUGUGUUUCCUGCAAUUCAUGAAAAUGUCUGUUCCACAGCUAACAAUGGUGUGGUUUAUCCACAAUCUCGGCUCGGCGAUUCAGCUGGUCGAAAUGGAACACACGGUGCGUACCUCCAACAUCAAUAUUUGGAAGGUUGCAUGUAUAUGAAUGAGCAUGGGCAGAUGUGCGGACCUUACCCACCUGAACAGCUGUAUGAGGGGCUCUCUACUGGUUUCUUGCCUCAAAACCUUGCUAUCUAUGCUGUUUUUGGUGGGAAGACAGCUGAUCCUGUUCCCUUAAGCUUUCUGAAACAGUUUCUUUCACAAUGGAAUUUUGGUGCCACGGUUUCCACUCCAAAUGCAUCCAUGGAGACAAAGAAAGUUACUCCCCAUGCUAAAGUGGUUCUUCCAGAUGAUCUUUCAAGUGAAGAAUCAUGCUGGAUGUUUGAGGAUGCGGAAGGCUGCAGACAAGGGCCACAUUCUCUUGCUGAACUUUCCUAUUGGCAUCACAAUAGCUAUAUCCAAGAUCUCUCAAUGGUUUACCAUGUUGAUGGUAAAUUGGGCCCAUUCACACUUGUAUCACUAAUUGGUUUGUGGAGUGGGGAACACACAGAGUGUUCGGAAGCUACAGCUAAUGGUUCUGCACCAUUAAAUGGCUUAGUGGGUGACAUAGUUGGCGAUGUCAGCCAUCAGCUGCAUGAGGGGAUAAUGAAAUCAGCUCGUAGGGUUUUAAUUGAUGAAAUAUUCAGCUGUGUGCUUCCAGAUUUAAUUGCUUCCAAGAAGUCUGAGAAGCAAUUGGCUGCAAAACUGAAGAACCAAGCUAUUAAGCUUUGCUGUUGUUUGCAGCCUGACAGUGUGAGCAACUGGAAGGUUUCCAAACUUAAUGCCAAAGUUAACAAACCAUAUGCUUCUCCAGAAAAAGGCAACUCUGUGUAUAAUACAGCCCAAGCGGAUUCUUCAGUGGCCAUUCAAUCUACAGCAGCACAUGACAAAUUUGCCGAUAUACUGUCAGCAGUUUGGGAAACAAUUUAUUAUGAAUCCAUGAAGAAUAUAUGGGACGGAAUACUGUCUAACCCUGUUAUGGACUACUGUGAUGUAUGGUUACAGAGAAAUUGUCGGUUGAAUCGUACCACUACGAUUAGUUCUGUCACCACUCAUAUCAUAAAAGCCCAAGACAGUCAUGCAAUGCCAUCAAAGGACUUUGACGCUACUGAAUGCGACAUGGAAUUUCCACCUGGAUUUGAACCACGUGGGAAAUCUGCUGGCCCCUUAGCAAUAGUCCAGAGGAUGCUGGCGAACGAACUAUAUAUCUCUUCAAAGCAAUCUUUGUUUCACUAUUUUGAGGAGGUCAUUGCGGAGGAGAUAACGAAUUGUUUAUGCUAUGGACUUGAAAGCGGUAUUGAUCAGGAACAAAUUGGUACGCCAAUUCAUGCACCGGAAUCACCCGUUUCAGCCGAAGCGUGUGUGCAUGAAACACUCAGUCCUGUUGAGAUGGUUGUAGGUGGAGAACUGGAUAUUGUUGAAAUGGGUGCGGCCAGAAAAGGUAGUCCAAUUGAAACGCAUGCAGAUGAAGAGCUGAAUACCAUUGAAGUGGUUGUAGAUGAAGAGCAGAAUACUGUUGAAAUGUCUGCGGCUACUAGGACCAAUGCAAUUGAAACAACUUCAGAUGAACCAUCGAGCGCAGCUGAAAUGACAACAGAUAAAACACUCAUUUCUCAUGGAGAAGAGUGCCUACCCCUUGUGUCUUACGCAAGGAUAUUUGAAAAGAUGGAUAUGUGUAUGACAGCAGAAUUGGAUGAGAGUUUUGAUGAAGUGCCUCCUGGAAUGGAGACUGGCUUAGUUUCUUUACCACUUAAGGACAAAAACAUGUAUCAGCCUUUGAGCUCAAUGAACUAUAUUCCUCCGAUUUCUAGAUAUACGAGCUUGGCUCUCUGCCGGCAAAGACUACACGACAAUGUUGUGAGAGAGUGGAUGUCUCUCUUCUCAGAUACAACUAGCAAGUGCUUGAACUCAUGGUACACCAGGCAAAAUGCUGUACCUAAAAUGGCAGAUGGAUCAUCAAAACUCAAAGAAUAUACAUACUACAGGAAGAGGAAAUCCAAGAAAACCUGUCAAACAACGUCAUCAAAAGAACCUUUGGAAAUUUCUAUGGAUGAGCAGCUUUCAAAACCUCUAUGUCAGCUUGUUGACCAUAAGAUUUCUGUGAAAAAUAUCCAGGAAUCAAAGAAAGCUUCAACAUCAAAGAAAGUUUCAUUUGUGGACAAGCCCUCUAAAAAAAGAACCAAGACUCUGGCUAUGGCUAAUGAUGCUCAUGAUUUGAAUAUCCAGCAAGAUCUGAAACUUGUUUCCUGUGAGGUGCCAAAAAGAACCAGGUCAUCUCAUCCACCUAAGAAGCAAGUGGUUGCUAAUGAAACACCUAUGGUGACUAAAAAUGUCAUGAAUACUAGUAUGCUCACGAAGCCUGUCAAGAAAAGAAAGGGCAAGAAAAUUUCAAGUGAGUCCAGUCGGAAGGUAGAACCGGUGAUUCCAUGGCCUGAAUCAGAUGGUUGUGCUAGAGCUUCGAUUAAUGGAUGGGAGUGGCGUAAUUGGGUGCGGAAUGCUACUCCAUCAGAAAGGGCUCGUGUGAGAGGCUAUCGUGCCCGUACAAUUCUUUCUGCCUCAGAUAAUAAGGUGUGGAAAUUUCAAGUAAAGAGGGAUUCAUCUGCAAGAACAAAUCGGGUUAAGCUGCGGCGGCUAUUAAAAGCUUACGAAGGUUCUGAGCUGCUGAAAAUUACCCAAAUGAAGGCAAGGAAAAAGCGGUUGCGUUUUCAGAGGAGCAAGAUCCAUGAAUGGGGACUGGUUGCCCUUGAGGUGAUCCAAGCAGAAGACUUUGUUAUCGAAUAUGUUGGUGACCUGAUUCGCAAGCGGGUCUCGGACAUACGUGAGUCUCAAUAUGAGAAGAGUGGGAUUGGAAGCAGCUACUUGUUUCGGUUGGAUGAUGAUUAUGUGGUUGAUGCUACUAAACGUGGUGGCUUAGCAAGGUUCAUAAAUCAUUCCUGUGAACCAAAUUGCUAUACAAAAGUGAUAACUGUUGAUGGCCAGAAGAAGAUUUACAUUUAUGCAAAGAGGCAUAUAUAUGCUGGUGAGGAACUUACAUAUAAUUACAAGUUUCCACUGGAGGAAAAGAAGAUCCCAUGCUAUUGUGGUUCCCGGAGGUGCCGUGGAUCAAUGAAUUAACAAUUAAGUAAGGCCAUCCUUCGAGGGUUUAUAUCAGUGCCAAAGUGGGGUUGUGGAACAUCUGCACUGCAAGAAGAAACUGCGCAUUACACUUAUUUAAGUCGGAUGAGAUUUAUUUCAAGGUAUCCUGAGGAUGGUGCAAAAGGAUGAUACAUGAUAUGAUACAUGAUCAUGUCACCGCUGCCUUCUGGAGGUGGUGGACAUGAGAAAUUGAGUUGUGGAUGAGCUGAGCUAGUGAAUGGUUGCUUUCUGACAAGGUUAAUACAUUGUUCUUUCUCAUACCUGGGUAGAGUUGCAAACUCAUGUACAGGCGCAGACUUUUACUUAGCACAUUGUCUGAAUUGAAGAUAUAGUUUACAUGGUGGUGGUUAAAUGGUUAAAGUUAAACUGGUUUAAACUCUCCUUCUCUCAAGUAUUUAAUUAGCAGUUAGAGAUGACACAAAAGCCGAUACCAUAGUGCUUCCGCAUCUUCUUUUGAGAAGGAUGAUAUGAGCAUCAAGCUGAACUGCGCGGAUGCGUCCUGUUCAUAUGUUUGAUCAACUUGACUUGAAUGGACGCCUACUAUGUUGAUGUGGAUACAUGCAUGGCCAUGUGAAACUAGCGAUUGGAUGACCCUUCUCGUUUGCACAUGGGAGACAUCUCUAAUCUUUCAUCAUGGGCCCUUGAUCUGUUUUGCCAUGUGCUCUAGAAAAAACAAGGACAGCAUCACCCUUGUACUCCCGGGUCUUCACAAGUUGCAACAUUUUGGGCUUUCGGUUUUAGCCACUUCAUCAAUACCUGGCAAAUGGUCUGGCCAGGUGGAAAUGUGUUAUUUCAUGUACUCGUUGAUGAGUGAAAAGAGAUUUUUUACUGCACCCUUAAUAUUUUAUUUUUUUAAAUUGUUCAAAUCCUGUUCUAUGGGUAGUGCACUGGGGUGCAAAAGGUAUCUUUUUGUAAAGCGGUGCAGGUGUUUAUUCACGGACACACUCCUGUUUUUGCAGGUACAAAGCUGCAUAGACCUGUCGAAUCAUCCAUGAGGUACGCAUGUAGGCGUGCAAGAAUUUUCCAAAUGCGUGUGGUAUGUGUUCCAUCUCUUGAUUGGUUGUCCCUACGCUUUCCUUCAUGCAUUCUGAUCUUAACAUUAGAGGCACUAACACUCACUUCGGUCGGAAAUCCGGGAAUUUUGACUAUUAUAUUUAUAUAUGUCUAUUUUAAAGACAAAAAAAUCACAUGUGUCGAUUUGUCUUGAAAAUAUGAUUUAUAAUAUGUAAAUAUAUUCAGCUUUAUAGAUAUAUCACCAUAGAAAAGUUUGGAGACAGCACGUGUAGAUGUGUCUUAAAAAGUAUACUCUAUAAUCUCACAAGUUUAUUGGGUUUUGUGAUAUACUGCAAUAGAAUAAAAAAAAUACAAGGUAGUGGUCAAGAGCAUACACUUGAGAGCAUGUCAUGUCAUAUCACCUAGAUGCAGUGACAUUUUUCCUAUACACAUUAAAGCACCAACAGUGCUGCUCUGAUUUACACUGUUUCGUGUUAGCCACAGAAUUAGGUUCGGCAGCUUGCUUGCUCGGACGCAUGCUUGUUUGGUGUGGCAUCCGCUGAUGGAAACCGCUUGUUUGGUGUGUGCACGAACUAAGCCACGUACCAUAUGGCCAAGAUUUUGGUUGCAUACACAACAUGGCCAAAAAAUGCAUGGGUCCUGAGCUUGUGAUGGAGGCAUCGCAAGUUUUUACCAUCGAAAUGGAAGUCUUAAGGUUAGCCAAAUCUAAACAAGCCUGCACGGGCUGAAGGCGUGAGUAAGAACAGCACAAAAAGAGGCAAGCGAAACAGGGAUCGAAAAACGAGGUCGUACGUUUCUCUAUAGCAAUCGGGAGCAAACGAAAGGGAGAUGUUGAUUGGAUUCGCUCUCUCUCUUGAGAGGGAGAUACGUGGAUUAGUAAGAUCUCAAAUUUAAGCUCUUCAAACGUGGUGUAGCUUGCCGGACUCGUUGCCGAAGCUGAAGUCCACCUCGUAGAGAACCCAGGCCCAUUUUCACGGUGACGUAUGAAGCACACCUCGCACAUCGGUAGUGUAGUGGUUUGGUUUUAUUUUUCGUUUUUGAGAGGAUAGAACAUAGAAGUAAUUCUUUCUACAUCUUUUGGUCGAUAGAGUAGUUCUCCGUUGCUUGGAAUUGGAGUAAACUUUUGGGCUUGGGUCUGGACUAGGAAAGUAGGAACUAUGAUUUUCUUUCUGGGCCUAGCUCUUGAACACUAAAAAGAACCCUGAGCCGGUGGUGUACAGUAGCAAAAGUGAGUGCAGUUUGCACAUGAAGCUUAAAAAGUUGUCGUCUCCCAGAUGUUACCCUCCGGGCCAAAAUACUCUGUUUUCUAAAUGCGGGUCAUACUUUUGUGCCAAGUCAAACUUCUCUAAUUUUGACCGGAUAUAUAACAAAAUGUAUCAACAUAUGCGGCAUCAAUUUAGUUUCAUUAAAUUCACAAUAAAAUAUGUGCUGAUAUCACAUAUAUUUAGUAUUAUGGGUGUUAAUAUAUUUUUAUUUAAAUUUGGUCAAAGUUAUAAAAGUGUUAGGACUAUAUUUUGGACCGGAGCGAUUUCUUGAUUUGGAUAUGCAAUUGCUUUGAUGCGACCGUUGACCACUGUCUUCUAAAUACAUGGUUUAUAAAUUUAUGCCAUUAUUGAAGUACUUUUCAAAUAUGCUCGUAUGAUUUCAUGUUCCUAAGCUAAACAUCUUAAAAGUUAUUGAUAGUCGAAGUUUACACAAGUUUAACUAGCUCUUGUGCAAAACAGCAAUUAAGUAUUUGUGAGCUGAGUAUUACUACUGCUUGGUUUCUAUUCGUUUGCUAGCUAUGAAAUUUCUCUGUUUCAAAUGGGCACGAGUUAACAAAAUGCCAUAAAAAUAACUCGCUAGGGGUUGAGAUGUACAUUUAGCUUUUAGCUGUUGAAGUUGGUAAGAAACUAAGAAUCCAACCCAAUAUUCCUUGUGCCCUAGCUAGCGUUUACUCGGGGACAUGUUCAGUUAAUUCAUUACUACCGGCCACUAACCGUUUGCUUGUGCAUCACUAUCACCGGCCUUAUUCUUUGUUGGAAGAGCAUAGGUGAGCAUGGGGUCAAUAUAAAGACUUAAGGUACCCCUAUGCUUUCCUUUGAUGGUCGGUUCAAAUCCGGCAGGUCGGCUCUAGGGCUCGUUAGGAUUUAGGAAACUUUGUUUGUGAAUCAAAUUCUUAAAAAUUCAUACUUGUUGAUAACUUCCAGAGCAUUUCAGCUGUUGCGUUUUGUUUUUUCUUUGGUAGAUAGUAUGAGGUAUGACUUUUCUUUUAGUUAGGUUCAUCAUGCUAAUGGUGCUUAGCUCAAAUCUGUGUACUAGAAGUAAAGUUUGUGAAGACACUAUUUUUCUUUUAAUCGUCGAAACAAUAAUGUAAUGUAUGUCACCGAGGGUGUACCACCGUGUGUUGACUAAUUCUUGUAAUAACAGUUUCUCAAA